AUGUCAUUUAAUCCUCAGACGCCGCAGAGUCCGUCGCACUUCUCGCCCAGUAAUUCCGAUACCGUAUCGGGUGUGCAAAGCACGAUGACCUCUUUCACCACAGCCUUGCCGACCCCGGCGCACUCCAUCAACGGCACUGCUCUGCCCUCCGAUUCGGUCGUCGACGUCAGUAUGGGCGGCGAGUCCCCCAACAAGCGAAAGCGCGUCCACGAGGACGUUGGAGAGCAGGGCCACAACCAGAAGAGGAUGCAUAUGGACGAUGGCCUACCGGCCUUGAAGGACAUGCAUGAGGAUGUAGGAGAGAAAUACCUGAUUUUGCAAAAGGCGUGGCAGCCGGCAAAGCCGCUACUCUCCGAGGACGUGUUUGAGACGUACGAUUUGACCAGCCUCGCCGGGGAAGUCGCCCGAGUGUUGCCCGAUGGAACUAAGAACGCCAUGCGUAAGACGUACAAAGGCCAGAUUAAGAAAUUAGGCCUCAUGGGACACUUCGACCCGGUGAAGAAGGAGCCAAAUGACCCGCAAGGCAUCCUCGCCUUGCUCCAGGUACCAGGCGAGGAGUUCAACAUACAUUUCGUCCGCGGUCAAGAUAUCGAAGACGGCUUCCGACCAGAGGUGCAGAAGGCUCUGAAGCAGGCCACCACCAUGGCUCGGGGCACCAUCUCCAGCAAGAAGUGGGAUCAGGGGGCUCUAGGUGACUUCGCCGGGGGAUCAAAGGGUUCGACCUCAGCAAAGGCGACGGCGCCUGGCACACCGAUGCACCCUGCCGUCGGCGGCCUCCCCAGGACCAAGGCCCAGUCCGUCGCGGCUCAGGAUGCUGCCAGACCGCGGAGAGCCAACAAGAAGAGAAGCUACGGUGACAGCAGCUUCGAGGGCUACGGUGAGGUGUACGACGACGAGACAGGGGCCGAGACCGGAUACUCAACCGGCGAGGGCGAGGGCACCAAGCGGAGAAAGAAGAAUGCCAAGUCCUUCCAACAAAUUGGAACACCCCGUCAGUCGUACGGACCUGGCAUGGUUGGUGUCUAA